ACAAAUCUCGGUAUUGUGAUUAUCAUAAAUCACCAGGACACAACACAGAUGAAUGUAUAAGUCUUUUAGCUGCUCUGUUAAGGCUAAUCGGUCAUCCACAACUCAGAAGAUUUUCCAAAAAUCCCGACAUCCGAAGACUGGGGCUGGGGCGUCAAGUCGAGGCAUACAACGAUGACGAGGAUGAUGACCGAGCUGCU